CUGUCUUUAAGAGCUAUAAAUAUAACGAGAUAUAAAUACAUCAGGAGUUGCUAUUUUAAAAAAAAUCUGCAAAUCUCGCGAUAAAAGGUGGUAUUUGCAGACUCGCGAGACGAUAUAAAUACGCAGUGUUUAUGUUUGGCUACGGUUUGAACGUUUUCUGGCUCCUUACGCAUUUCAUUCUCUUUCCUCUGUCUCAGUUCGCCAUGUCUUCAAAAUAUGCGUCUGUAGAUUUCGAAAUUUUCGGCAAUGUUCAGGGUGUGUGCUUCAGAAUGUCAGGUCAUGUGACUGUGCAGUACACAGAGGAUCAGGCGAAAAAGCUCGGCGUGAAUGGCUGGGUGAAGAACACCAGACAGGGCACCGUGAUCGGCCAGGUGCAGGGGCCUCCAGAGAAAGUCAGCGAGAUUGUCAUCGCCCAGCAGGGGGCUCACCCCCGCACCCUUUCCCAUCACCCUGCUCACCAGCAGUUAAACACAGACUCUACACACAGUAACCCAACAGUGUCCUGACUAAUCUUAUAACAGACCUGCAACGACAAAAUAAUUAAUUUGUUUAUACUGAUUGAAAAUGUCCGAUAAGCCGAUUUACGUUCCACAACAAUAAAUGUAACUAUAAGUGGAUUAAAAAAAAGUAUGGUGUUAUUCUUUAAGAAAUAAAUAAAUGGCGGACUUAUAUAGCGCUUUUAUCCAAAGCACUUUACAUUGGUUCUCAUUCACCCAUUUACACAGACACUCACACACCAAUGGUAGCAGAGCUGCCAUGCAAGGCGCUAACUUGCCAUCGGGAGCAACUUGGGGUUUAGUGUCUUGCCCAAGGACACUUCGGCAGUCACGUGGGCCGGGAAUUGAACCGCCAACCCUACGAUUAGUGGAAACCCGCUCUACCACCUGAACCACAGCCGCCCAAUAAAAUAAAAAUGGUAAUCUUUGGUAUAAUUGCUGUAGUUUCAGAGGAGAAGAGGAAUAAAACACUUCAGGAUGUGCUGGUCUUCCGCUCCGUUGUUGAUUAUUUUCCUAUAAUUACAGAUCCUGAAGUGGUUUAUUCUUACAUUUAUUGUAAUCACCCAGGCCUUCUCUUUCUCUUACUCUGUCUUCCAGAUUACAUUCAGCAAUCUGUUCGUUUAUGGUGUGUGUGUGUGUGUUUGUGUGUCCCAUUGUGUGAUGUUUAGAGCAGUUGUCCCAGCGGACUGUCAUCGUACACACAUUACAGUCACACAUUAUAGACACACACACACACACACACACACACACAAGAAUAACAUCCUUAACUGUAAAAAAAAAAUAAUAAUUAAAAAAAAAAAAAAAAAAGACAUCUCAGUGAAAUACACACCAUAACGUCCAAGUAGAUUUCUGUGAGACAUCUUGUGGUGCAUCACGACGCAGCACAACUUUCAACAAAAAUUGUUUAUUACUCAGUGACACACCAAGGGCACAGUGCCAUUUGGUGUCAUCAUUGCUGGCUGAUAUAAUAUCUGCUUUAGAUUUCACCACGUGAGAAACCAAACACUCUGUCCAAGCCUCUGUUGGAUUGGUGGUUCUUCUGACCCAUGCUGUUUGUGGAUAAUCAUCCAGCUGGAGGAAAUUCCUUCCUAUCAGCGUACUUCAAUGUUAUCAGACUUCCGCAACACCAAGGCAAGGACAAGUCUCCUUUCCUUUACUGCACAAUAAACCACACACACACACUCACACACACACAAACAUGGGCACUACUAGGAAAAGAGGAAGAUUUUUUCACAAUGGGAAAGUAACAGAAAGUCCUAGGUGGUUCGUAGUUAAAACCGAAGCGCAUCGGCGCUGUGUAAACAAACACGAGUGCUAAUAAGAGUUCAGCCAAGCGUAGCUUGUAGCUCAUAGCUCUUGGCUCGACUGUGUGCACUAUUCCUACAACCGGACGCAAACGCAACAAUAAAUCAUACGUCCAUGCAAAACUUUUUUCUCAGGGCUGGGUUUCCUGUUUUCAGUGAACUCCACCUAAUCAUUGAUGUAAUACUUCAGCUGGAACCAAACAAAGAAAAAAAAAAAAACAAUACAAGUAAAAACAUGAUAGGAAAUCUGGGUGAAUGCAAUGACGAACAGCAAGUACACCAACAAUGACAACAUACUAAUCUGUACUCUGUGUGAUAAUCGUGUACGUUCUAAAAAGUUGAAAUGACCGAAUAACAAGAAUGAAUCAGCAGUUAUUUGCUCACUGAUGUUAGCAUGAACAGAGACCAGUCAAAUGAAGGGAUGAUGAUGAGGUUCAUGUUUUAAUACGAGACAUAGACUGAUGCUGAUCUUCAAAGUGAGAACUCAUUUCUCAUCGGAUAUAAUUUCAAAUAUAGCAGUGUUUUCCAUGUGUAGAUUAGGUUAUAAACAGUAGGUGUAGGCGAUAUGUAUGUAUGUAUGUAUUUAUUUAUUUAUUUACGGUCUCUUUCAUAAGAUGUUCUUUUCUACACUUAUUCAUUAUUAGUAUUUAAAAUCGCCAUGUUUCAGGGAGUUAAAACCACAACUCUGUCCAACUGGACCUUGUAACUAAGUCUUCCAGUUGGCUUCUAUUCUAAAAACAUGGGGACAUCUGAAAGGAACAAGGUCUGUAGUCCUCUACGUACACUUUGCAACUCGGAAUAAGUGAUCCUGAAGAGAUUUCUUUCAAAGAGAGUCUUUCUUCAUUAAAUGCAUCUGUUAAAAAAAAAAAAAAAGAUCUGCUCCUCAUAGUCCAAGUUUCGGCAUACAUUUGUUUCAGUUGUGCUUUUUAAACGAUUUAGCCUUUGGGCUCCUCUUUCCUGGUAAGCAUGGAAAGCCAAGGUGAGAUGUCUUUAAGGGGAAAUGGAUAUAACAAGAUUUUUAAAUGCUUUACUCGUGGUUUAGAAACAUGCAAAUGAGAAAUAUUUUGCUCAGGAAAACGUAUAGUAUUCAGAACUAACAUUACACGAUAACAUUAAAACCACUGAAUUAUGUGGAGCAUCUGACAUGACAUGAAUAACAUUGAUUAUCUCGUUACAGUGGCACCUGUCAAGGGGUGGGAUAUAUUAGGCAGUAUGUGUACAGUGAACAGUCAGUUCUCAUAGUCGAUGUGUUGGAAGCAGGAAAUUUGGGCAAGCCUACGGAUCAGAGCGACUUUGACAAGGGCCAAAUUGUGAUGGCUAGACGACUGGGUCAGAGCAUCUCCAAAACGGCAGGUCUUGUGGAGUGUUCCUGGUAUUCAAUGGUUAGUACCUACAAAAAGUGGUCCAAGGAAGGACAAGGUCUGAGGUCUGAUCCCACAGCAGAGCUAUUGUAGCACAAAUUUCUGAAAAGGUGAAUGCUGGCUAUGAUAGAAAGAUGUCAGAACAAUGAGUGACACAUCAUACUUUUUAGCCAUAUUUCCAUAUAAUGUUGUGGAACAUCUGCGAAAAACAAGCUAAUUCCUGUUGUCACUUAAGUUAUAGCAGAUAGAAAAAUUGAGGCUGGUAAGAGAAUGGCCGUUUAUCUCUCUUGAAGUUAAUAAGGCAAAAAAAAAAAAAAAAAGCAGUUUGUCAAGUUACUGAAAAACCAGAAAAUGUAAACUCAUCUGUCCUGAAGGCUUUCUGACACUGGAGACUCCUUUCAUUACCAUAUCGAUGAUUACAUGUUUUUCUUUGUUAAAUAACAACACGUGAUUUGUAUUUUCCAGUUUAGAAGAUAGAUAAGUAUCCAUGUAGAGGGUAUGAUGGAUGGAUGGAUGAAUGGCACUGUUGAAAUGUUUCCGUACAAAACUAAAGAAACAAAAACAUAUCUAUAGCAACAUAUUUAUUGACUAUAUAUAGGGUGAACAAAAUACAGUAAAUGUGAUUUUUUUUUUUUUUUUUUUUUGCCAAACUGAAUCUUUAAUCAGGACAUUUCUUCCUGUACUGAAAAUAUCCUGAAUUUCUCCUGCCUUCUGUCUGACUGUAACUCGUUUUAGGUAGUCUUGUACGCUGAGUGAAUCAGAUGUAGUCAUGCACAACCACACACACACACACACACACACACACACACACACACACACAGACACACACAGAUCCAAUAAGAGCCUGCCUCUAUGGCCUACCAUGAGGAUAAUGCAUUUAGAGGUCCUCAGAGGAAUAACUGCAUGAGCUGUUCCUACUCUGAAAGAGAGACAGAUCGAAACAGAGAGAGAGAGAGAGAGAGAGAGAGAGAGAGAGAGAGAGAGAGAGAGAGAGAUGCUUUCAUGUGUAAUCUGAUUUCUCAGACUCCUCUGAUGCAUUUACUGAUUUAGUUGAUGUUGUUAGCUUUGCCUCAUCUGCUAUUCUACUUUGGAACUUCAUAAAAUGCCAUUCAUUGCAAAAGUUUGCAUCCCCCCUUUCCAGGGUUAAUUGGUUACAAUAAUGUUAUAAUAAUUUUCCCUACUGUUCCACCCCUACAGUGUAAAAAGCCCUUUAAUACAAUUAAUCUGUGUGUGUGUGUGUGUGUGUGUGUGUAUAUGUG